CAGACCACACAGACUACUGGAAGCUCAAGACGGAAACGAACUGAGCUCAACACAAGACCUUUUUGAAGAAGUAUCGUGUUCGUCGUCGUCCUCGUCACCCACUGCUUCACCUCAUGCAAUGACCGAGAAAGCCAUUUGUACCAGUUGUGGGAUUGAGAUAGUAGACAAAUACCUGCUCAAGGUAAAUGAUAUGUGCUGGCACGUGAGAUGCCUCUCGUGCAGUGUGUGCCAGACAUCACUUGGAAGACACAUUAGCUGCUACAUCAAAGAGAAGGAGAUUUUUUGUAAACUCGACUACUUCAGGAAAUAUGGGACACGUUGUGCUCACUGCGGCAGGAAUAUCCAUUCAAAUGACUGGGUUCGUAGAGCCAAAGGAAAUACCUACCACCUGGCUUGUUUUGCCUGCUUCUCCUGCAAGCGGCAGCUGUCCACUGGAGAAGAGUUUGCCCUUGUGGAAGAGAGGGUGUUGUGCCGUGUUCACUAUGACUGCAUGCUGGACAACCUGAAACGUGCCAUGGAAAAUGGAAAAGGAGUCAAUGUUGAAGGAGCUGUACCUUCUGAACAAGAGGUAAACCAGCCCAAGCCAGCCAAGAGAGCACGUACCAGCUUCACUGCUGACCAGUUACAGGUCAUGCAGGCUCAGUUUGCUCAGGACAACAAUCCAGAUGCUCAGACACUGCAGAAGCUAGCUGAAAGGACUGGCCUUAGCCGCAGGGUUAUUCAGGUUUGGUUCCAGAACUGCCGGGCCCGUCACAAGAAGCAUGUGAGUCCAAACCAUUCCUCUGCAGCCCCGGUGUCCUCCCUGCAGCCAGGCAGACUCUCUCCUCCUUUGAUGGAGGAGGUGCAGUACACUGCAUUUGCCCCUGUAGACAGCUCAAUGCUCACUACCCUGCACUCCUAUAUGGAUGUUCAGUCUCCAACAUCGCUGGUGUUCCAGCCUCUUCUACCCCAUUCGAUGACACAGCUGCCCAUCAGCCAUGCCUGA